UUCUCUUUCUUUAAUGUCACGUUUAAUAGCUUCACAUGUUGUCAAUCAUUUUUUGUGCCUUUCAAAAGUUCUAUUCAUCGUCAAAGGAAAAUCUAUCAUGUCUUUCAAAUUUGUGAACAAAGGAUGGGGGAUCAUUUUGUGUUCCUGGUGGAUGGGUUGCUAACUGAAUCCACCCUUGAAGCUGCCAUUGCGAGCCAAAAUCGAUUGUGGCUAUCUGUACCUUCUGCAAAUAUGAGUUCAUCAACAGGAGAAUUAGAAGAGUGUAGAAUUUGCCAUGACGAGGAUGAUGACAAAAACAUGGAGAUACCAUGUUCUUGCCGUGGCACUUUGAAGUAUGCUCAUCGGAAAUGUGUCCAGAGGUGGUGCAACGAGAAGGGUGACAUUAACUGUGAGAUCUGCUAUCAGCAAUUCGAGCCUGGUUAUACAGCUCCGCGCCCUUUGUUUCGUUAUGGUGGAAUUCCAAUGAAUUUCAGAGGAGAUUGGGAGAUACCCACAAGGGAAUUGCAUGCUCCUCCAUUUAUACCGAUGUUUACUACCGACCGUGAAUAUUUGGACUCUGAUUUCGAAGAGUAUACUUUACCCUCUCCUAGGAGCGUGAUGUGCUGCCGCAUAGUUGCUAUUAUAUUUCUGGUUCUUUUGGUUUUACGCCAUACGCUUCCUAUCAUAAUUAGUGGAGCCGGAGAAUACUCCAUGACAUUGUUCAUGUUACUGAUAUUGAGAACAGUUGGGAUCCUUCUGCCUAUUUAUGUCAUGGUCAGAGCAUUUACCGCUAUCCAACGUCGGCGCCGCCAGCAGGAGGAUCCUCCUUUCCCCCUUUCAGAAACAGACGAAGAAAAUGUUUAAACGUCCGGUGAUCGGUGCAGCCACCUCUACAUGACAGGAUGACGAGUGUACAGCAAGUCGAAGUUUAGAAUCUAAAUUUCUGUCAGUGCUGAAGAGGGUUUAACAUCACAAUCAAGACAAUCAAUUGUUGUGCAUUUACACUCCAAUCAAACGGAUAGAAUUUAGAGUUAGGAAACUUGUGUACAGUUACGUUGAUAUUAAACAGCAGCUGCUCGAUUGCAUCAUGCUAUAUGCUAUCAACAAAUGUUUUUUCAUUUCUUUUGAAGCGAGAAAAGGAGCAUUAGAUUUAUUCUUGAUUC